AUGAAUGGCUCUACCAUCUCCCACUUGUUUUUUGCAGAUGACUCAUUAAUCUUUUGUAAAGCUAACUCUAAGGAGGCAAGUGAGAUCACUAGAAUUCUUCAAAUCUAUGAACUAGCUUCAGGGCAAAAGAUCAACAUUGAGAAAGCAGCAGUUCUUUUCAGCAGAAACAGCUCCCAAGCAAAUAAACAAGAUGUCCUCCAAACUCUAGGCAACGUCCAGCAUGUUUCUCAAGCAAAGUAUUUGGGUCUCCCUAUGGUUAUAGGAAGAUCUAAAAACAACACAUUCAGGUUCCUGAAAGACAAAAUGAUUGGCAAGCUGCAAGGAUGGAAGGGCAAGAUGUUAAGUAAUGCAGGCAAAGAGGUUCUUCUCAAAUUCGUGGCAUUAGCUCAACCAUCAUAUACCAUAUCAGUUUCAAGCUUUCAGAUGGACUAUGCAAAGCAUUAA